AUGAGCUCAGGUGUGUUUCAGGUGGAGGGCGUGGAGAAGAUCUGUGUUCGCUACCAGACCAUCGUCUCCACAACUGAGUCCAAGACCUGUGACGUCCUGGAUCAGCGCAAACUGGAGGUGAUUUCAUGGCGAGCGUCAGGUGUGGAUGCCUCCGGCGCAGGAACGCUUCUGAGGCCGCUCAGGGUGUUGCUGCAGUACGAGGUGCUGCACCUGCAGGGGUGGAGUCAGGCUGCAGAGAGCGCGCCACGCUGCCUGAGCGCCGCCCUGCUGGUCCGACAUGAAGACAGCAAGGAGGUCUCGGUGAACUUGGACCCUGUGGUGCUGGAGGUGCUGCAGGAAGCUCGGUGGAUGACCAAACUGGGAGUGAACAUGCCAAAGGUCAUCCAGAAGAUGACCUCCAGGGAAUCAGAGCUCAGAGAUUUGUACAGCCGACUGCUGGAGAUGCUCCAGGACUACAGCUCUGUGGUGGGCAGGGUGCCACCUCUCCUCCUCCCCCUCAUGCAGCCCUUCAUUGGCCGUGUGGAGGAAGCUCUCUCCCCUGGGCUCACCUCACUGUCCUGGAAUUCUCUCAACACUGAGCGGUUCCUGCAGAAUGUGUAUGUGGCUCUCAAAGACCUGGACCUGGUGGCCAAAAUGGCAACAGACCUGUUGGACUGUCGCAUCAGCCGGCUGCUUGGGGCCAUGUCAUCCUGCCGUCUGCUGGCCCUUCCUGAAGACUCGUCUGUGCAGAGUCAGCAGGUGGAGAGAUACGUGUACGAACUGAUCGAGGAGCUGAAGAGGAAGAUGAAGACUGUGGAGACUUUGCUCCGCAGGUACAACGCUCCGUUCAAGCCCUCCAUCCAGCUGUGGGUUCAGAAACUCUCCAACACCUCAGAGAUCAUCGAGAAGUGGCUGUCGGUUCAAAACCUCUGGAUCUACCUUGAAGCGGUGUUUGUGGGUGGAGACAUCGCCAAGCAGCUGCCUCAGGAGGCCAAACGUUUCCAGAACAUCGACAAGUCGUGGCUGAGGAUCAUGCAGCGAGCGCACGAGGUUCCCAACGUGGUGCAGUGCUGCGUGGGAGACGAGAUGCUCAGCCAGCUGCUCCCUCACCUGCUGGAGCAGUUGGAGCUCUGUCAGAAGUCUCUGUCCGGUUACCUGGAGAAGAAACGGUUGGUGUUCCCUCGUUUUUUCUUCGUGUCUGACCCCGCCCUGCUGGAGAUUCUGGGCCAAGCCUCUGACUCACACACUAUACAGGCUCAUCUGCUCAGUCUGUUCGAUAACGUUAACAGAGUUGUUUUCAAUGAGAAAAUCUACGACCAGAUGAUCAGUUUCCAGUCCCAAGAAGGAGAAACUGUGGAGCUGAGGCAGCCAGUGCUGGCACAGGGGAAUGUGGAGGUGUGGUUAGGAGAGCUGCUAGCUGGGGUGAGGGGAACCCUUCAUGCUAUCAUCCGUCAGGCUUACCUGGCCAUCAGUGACUCCGCCUUUAAGCUGCUGGAGUUCCAGUCGGCGUUCCCGGCUCAGAUUGGCCUGCUGGGAAUCCAGAUGAUCUGGACGAGAGACGCAGAAGAAGCACUCGUCCUCAGCAAGUCUGACAAGAAGAUCAUGCAAACGACCAAUCAGAGGUUCCUGAACCUCCUCAAUGAGCUCAUCGACAUGACGACUCGAGAGCUGAGCAGGAACGAGAGGACCAAAUAUGAGACGCUGAUCACCAUCCACGUCCACCAGAGAGACAUUUUCGAUGAUCUGGUGAGGAUGAACGUGCGGUCGGCUAGGCUGGAGGAGCAGAUUUCGGAGCUCCCUGCGUUUUACACAGCGGGUUCGAUCCUGUUGGACACCGACCAGCUGAAGCGUUCGCUCACUCACGAGUGUCGCUCCUGGAAACGAGCUUUCGGCGCCGCUCUGAACCGUCUGGCUCAGUCCGGAGCCUGGGGCUGCUUCGAUGAGUUUAACCGCAUCGAGCUGCCGGUGCUUUCUGUCGCCGCCCAGCAGAUCUACAUCGUGCUGCAGUGUAAGAAGAACAAGAAGAAGCAGUUCGUCUUCACCGACGGAGAUGUGGUCGACAUGGAUCCCGAGUUCGGCAUCUUCCUCACCAUGAAUCCCGGUUACGCCGGCCGUCAGGAGCUGCCUGAAAACCUGAAGAUUCAGUUCCGCACAGUAGCCAUGAUGGUCCCGGACCGAGCCAUCAUCAUGAGGGUUAAAUUGGCCAGUGCUGGUUUCCGUGACAACCAGGUCCUAAGCAGGAAGUUCUACACCCUCUACAAACUGUGUGAGGAGCAGCUGUCCAAACAGGUCCAUUAUGAUUUCGGUCUGAGGAACAUUUUGUCGGUUUUGAGGACGUUGGGAGCUGUGAAGCGAUCCAACCCGUCAGAACCAGAGAAGACCGUGGUGAUGAGGGUCCUGAGGGACAUGAACCUCUCCAAACUGGUGGACGAGGACGAGCCUCUGUUCAUGAGUCUGAUCAAUGACCUGUUUCCUGGCAUUGUUCUGGAUAAAGCCGGUUAUCCAGACUUGGAGUCGGCCAUCUUUAAUCAGGCUCAGCAGGCCGGUCUGAUCCCUCACCCGCCCUGGAUCCUCAAACUGGUCCAGCUCUAUGAGACGCAGAGAGUCCGACAUGGUAUGAUGACGCUGGGUCCGAGCGGUGCUGGGAAGACGGCGUGCGUCCACACGCUGAUGAAGGCCAUGUCUGAGUGCGGCUCGCCCCACCGAGAGAUGAGGAUGAACCCCAAAGCCAUCACAAUUGUCUUUGAGCCCCACAACAUCGACAACGCCUCCCCAGCCACCGUGUCCAGGAACGGGAUGGUGUUCAUGAGCUCGUCAGUGCUCAGCUGGAGGCCCAUCCUGCAGGCCUGGUUACAGAAACUAGCAGAGCAGCAGGCCAGCGCUCUGAAACACUGCUUCGACUGCUGCUACCAGGACUUGUUGGACUUUGUCUUCACUGCUGUGUCCCCUAAGAUGCAGGUGCUGGAGUGUAUGUACAUCAAACAGACUAUUGACCUGCUGCAGGGUUUGCUCCCAGCAGCGCAGGACAAACAGGGUGGCCAUGAUCAUGUGGGACGCAUGUUCGUCUUUGCGGUCAUGUGGUCUCUGGGUGCACUGCUGGAGCUGGAUGACAGAGCCAAGAUGGAGGCCUUCCUGAAGGCCCACAGCUCAUCUCUGGACCUGCCACCCACUCAGGACAACCAGACCAUCUUUGAGUUCACCGUCAGCGAGCAGGGACACUGGGAGCACUGGUCCAACAAGGUCCCAGAGUAUGUCUACCCCAAAGACCACGUCCCUGACUACUCGUCCAUCCUGGUUCCCAACGUAGACAACGUGAGGACGGACUUCCUGAUGCAGACCAUCAUGAAGCAGAGGAAGGCCGUGCUGCUGAUCGGAGAGCAAGGAACAGCCAAGACCGUCAUGAUUAAAGGCUACACUGGAAAGCUCGACCCAGAGCUCCACCUCAGUAAGACGGUGAACUUCUCUUCGGCCACGCUGCCAGGCAUGUUCCAGAGGACGCUCGAGAGCUACAUCGACAAACGCAUGGGCACCACCUACGGGCCGCCGGCCGGACGCAGGAUGACCGUCUUCAUAGACGACAUCAACAUGCCCGUAAUCAACGAAUGGGGCGACCAGAUAACCAAUGAGAUUGUGCGUCAGCUGAUGGAGCAGGGAGGUUUCUACAGCCUGGAUCGUCCAGGAGAGUUCAUCACUGUGGUGGAUGUUCAGCUGGUGGCAGCCAUGAUUCACCCCGGCGGCGGUCGGAACGACAUCCCUCAACGUCUGAAGCGCCAGUUCUCCAUCUUUAACUGCACGCUGCCCUCCAACUCCUCCAUCGAUAAGAUCUUUGGCACUGUGGCUCAGGGCUACUUCUGCCCAGAGAGAGGCUUCCCCGGCCCGGUGUGCCAGCUCGCCGCCGCCCUCGUCCCCACCACCAGGCGGGUGUGGCAGGCCGUGAAGGCGAAGAUGUUACCGUCUCCUGCAAAGUUUCACUACAUCUUCAACCUGCGUGACCUCAGCAGAAUCUGGCAGGGGAUCCUCACGGUGAAGUCAGAGGUGUGUCAGAGCUCUGAGCUCCUCUCCGCUCUCUUCCAUCACGAGUGCUGCAGAGCGAUCGCCGAUCGAUUCGUCGACAGCGGCGACAGACGAGCGUUCAGCAGCAUCGUGGAGGCGGUCACAGUGGAGGAUCAUGGGAGAGCUCUGACUGAGCAUGCUCAGUGGAACAGCUGCUUUGUGGACUUCCUGCGUGAAGCCCCGGAAGCGACGGGAGAUGAACAUGAAGACGCUGAGCUGGAGGCUCCGAAGGACCUGGUGGCAGAGAAGUGUGGCGAGUACUUCGAGCGUUUCCGCCGCCAGACGUUUGUGACGCCAAAGUCCUACCUGUCCUUCAUCGACAGCUACAAGCUGGUCUACACGGAGAAGAUCGCUCACGUCGGCACGCUGGCCGAGCGCAUGCAGACAGGUCUGUGUAAACUGAUGGAGGCGGAGCAGUCGGUGUCUCAGCUCUCUGAGGAGCUGCUGGUGAAGGAGAAGGAGCUCGCCGUCGCCUCCCAGAGGGCAGACCAGGUCCUGCAGGAGGUCACGGCCAAAGCUCAGGCUGCCGAAAAGGUGAAGCAGCAGGUGCAGAAGGUGAAGGAUAAAGCUCAGCUCAUCGUGGACGAGAUCGAAGCCGAUAAAAUGGCAGCAGAGUCCAAACUGGAGGCUGCGAAACCGGCUCUGCAGGCUGCUGAGGCUGCCCUACAGACCAUCAAACCAGCAGACAUCUCCACGGUGAGGAAGCUGCAGAAGCCUCCUGUGAUGUUUGACGUCUCGGUGCUGCAGGACUCCAUCACAGAGGAGGUGGUGGAGCUGCUCGCGCCUUACCUCCACAUGGACGACUACAACAUGGAGACGGCCAAGAGGAUCUGUGGGAACGUGGCGGGGCUCUGCUCCUGGACUCAGGCCAUGGUCGACUUCUUCAGCAUCAACAAGGAGGUUCUUCCUCUGAAGGCUAACCUGGCCAUGCAGGAGGCCCGUCUGCUGGUGGCUCAGUCUGAACUCACUAAGGCUCAGGAACAGCUGGAUGCUAAACAGCUGGAGCUGGACGCGGUGCAGACGCUGUGGAGGAAAGAGAUGGAGGAGAAGCUCCUCCCCUUCAGUCCCGAGCUGAACGUGAUUGGUCUGCUGGUGGACAACGCCACAGUGAGCGAGUGGAACCUGCAGGGUCUACCCAGCGACGACCUGUCCAUCCAGAACGGCAUCGUGGUGACGAAGGCGUCCCGCUACCCGCUGCUGAUAGACCCCCAGGGCCAGGGCAAGACCUGGAUCCAGAACAGAGAGCGAGACCAGCAGCUGCAGGUGACGUCUUUGAACCACAAAUACUUCCGUUCCCACCUGGAGGACAGCCUGUCUCUUGGGCGCCCCCUGCUGUUGGAGGACGUUGGUGAGGAACUGGACCCCGUCCUGGACAACAUACUGGACAAAAACUACAUCAAGUCUGGCUCCACUUACAAGGUGAAGGUUGGAGACAAGGAGGUGGAUGUAAUGAAGGGCUUCACGCUCUACAUCACCACCAAGAUGGCCAACCCAGCAUACAGCCCUGAGGUCAGCGCCAGGACGGCCGUGGUGGACUUCACCGUCACUCAGAGAGGCCUGGAGGACCAGCUGCUGGGACGGGUCAUCCUGCUGGAGAAGCAGGAGAUGGAGGCAGAGCGAGUGAAGCUCCUGGAGGAGGUGACGUCCAACAAGAGGAAGAUGCAGGAGCUGGAGGACAGCCUGCUGUUCAGGCUCACCAGCACACAGGGCUCGCUGGUGGAGGACCAGUCUCUGAUCGAGGUGCUGAGCGUCACCAAGAUCACCGCUCAGGAGGUAAGUGAGAAGCUGACGGUUGCCGCGGAGACAGAGGUGAAGAUUAACCAGGCCAGGGAGGAGUACCGGCCAGUGGCCACCAGGGGGAGCAUCCUCUACUUCCUGAUUGUGGAGAUGUCGCUGGUGAACGUCAUGUACCAGACGUCGCCGCGGCAGUUCCUCGGGCUCUUUGAUUCGUCCAUGCAGAACUCGGCCAGGUCGCAGGUCACCUCCAAACGCAUUAGCAACAUCAUCAGCUUCCUCACCUACCAGGUGUACCGUUACACAGCCAGAGGUCUGUACGAGGAACACAAGCUGCUCUUCACUCUGCUGUUGGCUCUAAAGAUCGACCUGCAGGCCCGAAUCAUCUCGCACGUGGAGGUGCUCACCUUCAUCAAAGGCGGAGCCUCUCUGGACCUGAACUCUGUAGAAUCGAAGCCACGGCGCUGGAUCCUGGACCAGACCUGGCUGAACCUGGUGCAGCUGUCCAGCCUGCCUGCGUUCUUCCAGAUUCUGAACCAGGUGAACCAGAACGAGCGCGCCUGGAAAGCGUGGUUCGACCAUCCAGCGCCAGAAGACGCCCCGCUGCCCGAUGGCUACGAGGAGAAGCUCGACACCUUCCGGAAGCUUCUGCUCAUCCGGAGCUGGUGCCCCGACCGGACCAUCGCUCAGGCGCGGCGCUACAUCUCAGAGUCUCUGGGCCAACAGUACGCCGAAGGCUCGGUCCUGGACUUGGACACCAUGUUGGCAGAGAGCAACAACCGAACGCCGAUGGUGUGUCUGCUGUCGAUGGGCUCCGACCCGACUGAGAACAUCGAGAGAUUAGCCAAG